AGGUGCCGCCCCUUCGAGGGAGGGCAGCGGACAUGACGCAGAGCUCAGCAGGUCCUGCAGCCCGGCUGAAGUGCAGGCUCGAGCUCCAUGUGCCUUCAGUCCCCGCCGGCCCAGGUCGCCGGCUUCUGCAGGCCCCAGGGGACCGCAGCGGCACUGCCGCGCCUGCGCCCUAAGCGGAGUCAUGUCCGGUAACGGCGGGGCGGCUGCAACCGUGGAAAAAAACGGCUCCAAGAUGAGGGUGGUCCGAGUGGGAACCAGGAAGAGCCAGCUGGCUCGCAUACAGACGGACACUGUGGUGGCGAUGCUGAAAACCUUGCACCCUGGCAUGCAGUUUGAGAUCAUUGCCAUGUCUACCACAGGGGACAAAAUUCUAGACACUGCACUCUCUAAGAUUGGAGAGAAGAGCCUGUUUACCAAGGAGCUAGAAUACGCCCUGGAGAAAAAUGAAGUGGACCUGGUUGUUCAUUCCCUGAAGGAUGUGCCUACUAUACUACCUCCUGGCUUUACCAUUGGAGCCGUCUGCAAACGGGAAAAUCCUUGUGACGCUGUUGUCUUCCACCCGAAAUUUAUUGGAAAGACUCUAGAGACCUUGCCAGAGAAGAGCGCAGUGGGAACCAGCUCCCUGAGGAGAGUGGCCCAGCUACAGAGAAAGUUCCCACACCUCGAGUUCAAGAGUAUUCGGGGAAACCUCAACACCCGGCUACGGAAGCUCGAUGAGCAGCAGGAGUUCAGUGCCAUUAUCCUGGCUGUAGCUGGCCUGCAGCGCAUGGGCUGGCAGAACCGGGUGGGACAGAUCUUGCACCCAGAGGAAUGUAUGUAUGCUGUGGGUCAGGGAGCCCUAGCGGUGGAAGUGCGAGCCAAGGACCAGGAUAUCUUGGAACUUGUCAGUGUGUUGCAUGAUCCUGAGACUCUGCUUCGCUGCAUUGCUGAGAGGGCCUUUCUGAGGCACCUGGAAGGAGGCUGUAGUGUGCCAGUAGCCGUACAUACAGUGAUGAGCGAUGGGCAACUGUACCUGACUGGAGGAGUCUGGAGUCUAGACGGCUCAGAUAGCAUGCAAGAGACCAUGCAGACUACCAUCCAGGUCCCUUUUCAGCAUGAAGAUGGUCCAGAGGAUGACCCGCAGCUGGUUGGAAUCACUGCCCGGAACAUUCCAAGAGGAGCCCAGCUAGCUGCUGAAAACCUGGGCAUCAGCCUGGCCAGCUUGUUGCUGAACAAAGGAGCCAAGAACAUUCUGGACGUUGCACGGCAGCUUAAUGAUGCGCACUAACUGGUCUAUAGGGUACAGGAACCCCGGCCGCCUCUUUCCAGUGCCUACAUCUGGCUUCCAAGUGCCCUGUGCUCCCUAACUUUGGGGGGUGACUAUCCCAGGAGAUUGAACCACAGGGUAUUGAGACUUCCAGAGACGUGCCUCACCUUGGGGCCUUGAUGACUGCCCAAUAGUUGGGGCUUCACCUCUUAGAAAAAGUCCAUGCCAAUCUUUGAAUGUAACCAAUGCCACUAAGAAUUAAACCAGCUCUGAAUGUGGUUGUUAUUUUGGUGGAGUUGGGGAAGAUAUAAAUAAACCCAAAGCCCUUUAAACCUGAA